GAUCAAAUAUCAAGGACUACACCAGGAACUACAUAUUAUACUAUUGUUGAGAGUAGCUAUUCUGGAGAAAGAGCUAAAGAUACGCUGAAGAGCUGCGACCUGCUAUUAUGAAUCCAACAGGUAGCCCACUGGAAGAUUACAAAAAGCUCUCCUCUUUUGACCAAUGGCUCCUCUCAAUGAACUGCCUUGUCGGGCGUGCUUCUCCCAACGAACAGCAGCAGUAUCGAGCCUGGCGUGAUGAAACAUACGCACAGCCUAUGCUUGAUCGCUGCAACAAGUCCCGAGACUUUCUGCUCUCCAGCUCGCCCGGUGUCUUGUUUAUGCUCAAGGAACUCGACAAAGUAGGCUGUGGCAUGACGACCGAGCAAAUCACUUGUGGGCCCUGUCUCAGCCAAAAGGGAGGCUUCCAUCCUGAUCGUGGCAUUCGACUCUGCAGUAAUCAAGCAACAGCUCAAGCUGAAGUCGAAAAGACACUCAUGCAUGAGCUUGUCCAUGCAUUCGAUCGAUGCAGGUUCAAGGUCGACUGGCGAAACCCAAAACACCAUGCAUGCUCAGAGAUCCGCGCAGCUAGCCUCUCUGGUGAGUGCGGGUGGUGGAGAGAAUACAAGGCUGGCAAUACUGGCGUCACGGGGAUCGCGCGGCAUCAUCAAGCGUGUGUCAGGAGACGGGCUGCUCGAGCAGUGGCUGCAAAUCCGGCUGUCAAGAAUCUGGAUGAGGCAACCUUCCUUGUCAAUUCUGUCUUUGACUCUUGCUUCCAAGAUACAAGACCGUUUGAACGCAUCUACUAAUGCUACUAUGCUUUCAUU